AUGGGUUAUAAAAAAAAUCAAUCAUUAAAAAAUGAUCCAAAUAUAAUAAUAACUCAAGACUCAAUAUUAGGUUCAAAAUGGUGUCCAAUUUGUGAAAUUGAAGUAGAUUUUGAACCACAACAUUUUGAAAAAGCGAUGCUUAAUGUUAUAAAAGAACCAAAUAUUAAUUCAACAGUUAUAUUAAGAGCAGAUAUAUUAAUUGAAAAUAUAUAUGAUCCACAAAAAGGUGAUACUAAAUUUUUGAGUAAAUUAAUUGAUAUUCUACCGGAAAUUGAAUCAAUUGAAACAAAUAAAGAAGAAGAAAAUAAUAAAUUACUACAUAGAAAUUUAAAUGAUGUAAAUAUAAGAGACAUACCCAAAACUGAAUGUCAAAUCAACUUAACAAAUAGAUAUGAAAUUGUUAGAAGAAUAAUCCCAAGAAAUCCAUUUAAAGAUCAUAUAGUUAAUCAAACUUGUUUAUUAUUAAAAAAUGAAGAUGAAAAUUCAAUUUUAAUUGUAUAUAUACCACAUAUUGAAUCAAAACAAGAAACACCCUAUUAUCUACCACAAGUUUAUGGAGUAGGAAUACUAUAUCAUAACCAAAAAGUAUCAAUUCAUUAUCUACCUUUUAAUGAUAAUUUAAAUUCACUUAAAUCAAUUGAUGAAUCAGAUAGAUUGAUUAGAAUAGCAAUUAGAUUAUUACAAACAUCAACAAAACAUUCCAAUGGCGUGAAACUAGGUUAUUUGAAAAGAGUAAACCAUGAUCUAGUAGUUUCAAAAGUAAAAUUCCAAAAUAAGUAUAUUUACCUCAAGUCAAAAUAUGCAUCAUAUUUAGUAAAUAAUUGGGUAGAAAGUACUGAUCCAAAUAAACACGUAUUUGAAGAUUUAGCAAUAGCUGCAUUUUUAAUUGAAUAUUGGGAAGUUAAAAAAUUUAAUAAACAAAGUUUUGAAUUUAGAGAUUUAGGUUGUGGGAAUGGAUUAUUAGUUUAUAUUUUAAUAAUGGAAGGAUUUAAAGGUGAAGGUAUUGAUGCAAGAAGUAGGAAAUCUUGGAAAACUUAUCCAAAAGAGAUUCAAAAUUGUUUAUUUGAAAAAAUUAUAGUUUCAAGUAUAUUAUUAAAACCAUAUCCUUCGUUGGCUAAAAUUGUACCUAAUAUAAAAGAUAAUGGUAGAUCAUUUAUUGAACCAACUAAUAAUCAAAUAUAUUAUUCUUCAAAUAAUUUGUUAAAUUCUCCUAAUGUAUGUACAACUGAAGAAUUCCCAUCAAAUACUUUUUUAAUAGGUAAUCAUUCAGAUGAAUUAACAUGUUGGAUGCCAUUAUUUGGAUUUCCAUUCAUGGUAAUCCCAUGUUGUUCUCAUGCAUUAAACGGUAAUAAAAGAAGAUACCCACCUUCAAAAAAGCACACCCAUCAUCAUCAACAACAACAACAACAACAAUCAUCAUCAUCAUCAACAUCAACUUACGCAUCAUUAGUAGAUCAUGUUGAAAAUAUUUCAAUAUUAAAUGGUUGGGAAAUUGAAAAAGAAAUGCUUAGAAUUCCAAGUACAAGAAAUGCAGCAAUAAUGAGUUGUAAUAAAAUUAAACAAUUUAUUAAUGAACCACCUGAGAUCUCACAAUUAAGAAUUUUAGAUAUAAUUGCAAUGGAAGGUGGUGCUGAUGGUUGGGUUGAAAAUUCUUUAAAUUUAAUGAAAAAAGCUCCUAGAAGUCAUUAG